AUGGAGAGUCGUUCGGAUUUGUCGCCACAAUUGGACAUGGAGUAUCACGCCCGGAGUCCGGGACUUUCUUCAGACGAUGAAAUGUCCAGGGAACACCAGCAUUAUCCCAUGUCAACAUCAUCACUUGGCUGUUCCGAUGAAAUGAAAGAUGUAAACAACAAACGAAAACUUCUCCAGACAAAAUGUAUGAACGAAAGUGAACUACAGGAAUUAAGAUUGAAGAUAAAUUCUCGAGAACGACGCCGGAUGCAUGAUCUCAAUUCUGCAUUAGACGGAUUGCGAGAAGUGAUGCCUUAUGCCAAUGGUCCAUCCGUACGGAAACUAUCAAAAAUCGCAACUUUAUUGCUGGCAAAAAAUUAUAUCUUAAUGCUGAAUAGUUCUUUGGAUGAAAUGAAAAAGUUAGUGAGUGACAUAUACCAAGUUCACCCUGCCAGUCAGCGUUCUCGAGCACCACCAGCUCACGUGCAUCCUUCUCAUGCGCCACAUCCCUCGAGCGUGCCCUCUUUGCACGCACUGCCGUCAUUGUCACCGCCUAGUAUAUCGUCCGUUCAUCCGCACGACAUGGAGCCGACAACAUCCAAGGAGGCUGCCGCAUCCGUGCCGUCCGUCCUACCUCACGACAGGCAUAUGUUUUCCAAUCGUUGGCCCGUGCCGUGCGCGUGCAGCCAUUGUAUGAUAGACUCGAUGCGAGUGUCAUACUCGACUUUAGCAGCUAAAUACCCCAGUUCAAUGGCUAAUCCAUCGAUGUAUAGAAAAUGA